UUUUCCCCUAUUGAAAUGGUUUUCCUUCAUGACAGCCAAGGGAACUCAUUGUUGGUCGUUGAAGAGGUUGUGAAGAAGUUGAAGACAAAGCAAAAGUCUACGUGGAUCGAACAUUUAAUUGGAAUUGAUGAUCAAGUGGUAGCGGUAAACAAUUUGUUAGAUGUAGGCUCUGGAGGUGGACGGCUCAUCCAAAUUCAUGGCAUGGGGGGUAUCGGUAAAACAACUCUCGCCAAGGUCGUGUUCAAUGAACUUUCUACCCACUUUGGAAAGUGUUGCUGCUUUCUUGAAGAUGUUCGAGAAAAGUCGUCAAGAACUGAUGGCUUGGUUGGAUUACAAAAUAAGUUACUAUCUGAAAUAGGAAAUGCCGCAGGAACAAGAAACAUUGAUGCAAUUGACGAUGGAAUGAAGAGGAUCGAAGAUACACUUCGCCAUAAGAAGGUCUUAAUUGUACUGGAUGAUGUUGAUAAAAGCGAACAAGUGGAGAAAUUAGUUGGAAAAUGUGCUUUGUUUUCAGGUUCUAGAGUACUGAUUACUACUAGAAAUGAGGAUGUUUUGCAAAUCAGUGGACCAAAGUAUGAAAUUUUAAGAUAUGAAAUGAAGGUGAUGAGUAGUGAUCAUGCUUUUCAGCUCUUCAGUAGACAUGCAUUUAAUAGUGACUCUCCUCAAGAGGAUGACUGUGUUAUUUCAAAGAAAAUUGUAUCUGCUACCGGAAGACUUCCUUUGACUAUUGUAGUAAUUGGUUCAUUGCUGAAAAAUAAGACACAAGAACUAUGGAAAGAAAAAUUGGACGAGUUACGCAAAGCACCUCCACAGGGUGUUUUCCAAGUGUUGAAAGUUAGCUAUGAUGCAUUGACUUUUGAGCAACAACAAAUUUUUCUAGAUAUUGCAUGCUUUUUCAUUGGUGAGGAAAAGACGAAUGCAAUUUACAUGUGGCAGGAUUGUAAACUUUUCCCACUUUUUGGAAUUGAGGUGCUAAAAAACAAGUCCUUGAUAAAGAUUGGAAAGCACAAUGAGUUUUUGAUGCACGAUCAGUUAAGAGAUCUCGGAAGGGGAAUUGUUCAUAACGAAAAUCCGAUGAAUCCUGAAGAGCGUAGUAGGUUAUGGAUUAAGGAUGAAGUCCUUGAUACAAUAAAAACAAAGAAGAUGAAGAACGUUGAAGCAAUGGAACUAGACUUGUUGAAUGAACAAGUAUUCAAAAGUGAAGAGAUUGGAAGGUUUGAAAAGCUAAGGUUCCUUAAACUUGGGGGAGGAACCUUUGUUGGCGAUCUAAUGGAUUGUUUUCCCAAAUUAAGAUGGAUUGACUGGAGGAGGGCUUUUGAUUUAAAAAGUGAGCUGACCAAUAUGUGCUUAAAGAAUGUCGUUGUCCUUCAAUUUUCAAGUAUUGCCAGUUUAGACGAUAUGAAAUUAGGGAGCCUAAUAAAGGAGACAAGAAAAUUGAAAGUUCUUGAACUUAGUUGGUGUCGUCACAUAACCACAACACAAGACUUAUCGGGAUGCUCAACUUUAGAGCGGCUUACUUUUCAGAAUUGCCGUGGUUUAAAGACAAUUGACAGCUCUAUUGGGAAGUUAAAGCAUUUGAUAGAGUUAACGGUUGAUGAGUGUUUGAUAGAGUUAACGGUUGAUGAGUGUUAUCUGCUUGGUUUGCCUGAAGAAAUCGGGGACCUACAGAAUCUAGAGCGCUUCAUUUUAAGGGUGCGUCAUGAAAUGAAAGAACUACCGGAUUCCAUAUUUAAGUGGAAAUCAUUACGGGAGUUGGAGCUUUCAAGUGGAGGAUCGACUGAGGAAAGUGUACCGUCUCGGGGUAAUGCCAAUUUGAAAGGUCAACUUCCUUCUGAAAUUGGCUUACUUUCGCAGCUGCAAAGACUGGUGUUAAGAGAUUUAUAUGAAAUUAGAGAGUUGCCGGCACUCCCAAUAAGUUUAACGCAUUUGGAAGUGUUCUCUAUGUCAUUGCAAGUUGUCCCAGACCUCUCAAACCUUACUAAUUUGGUUGAGUUGGACCUAUAUGGCGGCUUUGAAUAUGGCAAACAAGAUAUAAUUCAUACCGGUGAGUCAAGGUGGAUCGGGAAAUUAUCCAAACUGGAACAGUUGAGAUUGUGUUUCCUCCAUGUCCCUGCUCCCAUAGAGUUGGCUUCCCUUCAUCGCCUUAGCCAACUCCAUUUGUCUAACCUGAACUUGCAACCCUUCAUACAAGUUCCCUCUUCUCUAUUAAAGCUAGAACUUGAGAAAUUCAAUCCAAUCACGUUACUCUCCUCCAACUUAAAGAAUUUGUCAAAUUUAAUGCUACGUCGCCCUCAAGUGGAAGAGAUUAUACUCAAUGGGCUUCAGCUUCCAAAUUUAAGUGAACUUUAUGUUACUGAUGAGGGUGGACCCCUCGAGAGAUUCAUUCUAUCCGGCAUGAAGAUGCUGGAACGCGUCACCAUGUGGAAUUGCCCAAAACUAGAUGAAAUCCACAUUGCUGGGGUGUUGGAAUCGUUGGAGUUUUUGCAUAUCGAUUGGUGCGAGUCCUUCAAAAGGUUCAUGUACGUUGAGAUACGGGGGAAAUCUUCUCAUGAAUCUUCAUUGAUCCUUGAAUCAAGAGUCUUCAAUAAGUUGCAGUAUCUCGGGCUAAAGGAAAACCAUAAGAUACUCGAUAUUCAAUUUGUUGGUAUGUCAGAAUCGUUGGAACACUUGGUGCUUUAUGGUGAUCAUUUGCAAAGUCUUCGUGGUUUGUCAAACUUAAAGAACCUCAAGUCCUUGGAAUUAGAAUUUUGCCCUGAGCUACGGAUCGUUGAGGGCCUCGACAAGUUAAAGUUUUUGAACGAAUUGGGACUUAUUCGCUGUCGAUUGUUGGAAAGUCAAAUUGAUGUAUUGACCAGCGAAUUGCCAAAUGAUUGCAAUAUUUACCGUUUCCCGAAAAUACCCAAGGAUGGAGAGGGUCUGCGGAUUACAUUAGUAGACGUAGAGUUUUUGCCCUCAACAUUGUUUUCGCAUGCAGAGAGCAGCGCACAAGAACAAAUGCAUGUACCAGGAAAGACGGAGGAACUCCUGGCUCCAUUUGAGUCCCCCAUACGAGCGCAACGAUGUGGAGUCCUUGCGCAAGUGCUCAAUGAGGUUGAUGGCAAUGUUAGGUCCUCUUCAUCCUAGCCCAAUGGCUUGAACAAAGGUGUUACCGGCCACUACAUCAGGCUUAAUCCCCUUUCUUGUAUUUUGCUUUCGUCCCAGUGGAGAUAUGUGAACUCAUUUGAGGUGUUUUCUCUUGCGGAUUGAAUUGGUCUGAAGUUUGGGAGUGAUGUCAAUGAGUAUAUGCACAAAAAUAGGCAGUUCUUGCGAUCUUACUAGUUGUAGCAAAAGAAGAGAUAGGAUUGUCCGAAACAAAACAGAAAAAUAACACAGAUUGUUUGCAUGAUUUUGUUUGGGUUUAUUAAGCUGGGAGCAACUUAUAUUUAAAGCUCAAUUGUGCAGUUCUUUGCUUUGGAAACAGCUAGAAAAAAAUUGGGGAUUUGGCUUGAUUAUCAUGCAUGCCGCCCCUCUGAAAUUUUCUGAAAAGUCAAUUUCAAAUUAUUAUGAAUCCAUCUUUUGGACUGGGGAGUCAAAAGAAAUGUGUCAUCUUAAAGUGCUGUUUGGUCACUUAAAAUCUCCAGAAUAUCCAAUGAAUAUACGAUUUCUUUAAUAUUGUAUUUGGGAUAUUUUCAAUUUAGAGCUUGAACUGGCCUACAUAAUUUGACGAUCCAAGUGCUAUCGAUUUUUUGCCGAUUUUCAAGGACAAUCUGGUCUGAGUUGCUGAAGCUUUUAUUGGUAUAGGUCCAUGUGUGCUUUGGGUAAAAAAAAGAAAAAAAAACAUGUUUUCAGUGUUACAAUCAUCAGCAUUAAAUUGCGACUUUGGGAAGCUGCUAUUCCUUUUUCUUCUUUCAUGUUGCUAAAUUUGUUUCUCGGAGCCCUUCUGGCAAUGAAACAAAAACCUGGAUGGAGUCUGUUUCUGCUACUCAUUUAACUUUUGAUGCCUGGGUUAAGUCUUGAUGGUGCAAGAAAUUGAACUAUUGAUGUCUUGAAUCUGCACACACAAUUCCGUUCCUUAAUCACAGUUUUAUUUAUCUUUUCACGUGAUAUUUUUUCCUAUCAUAUAAAGAUCAUUUCUCAUAUUUCAAUCUCAAGGAAUGCAAUAAACCUAUAUAUUUGAUUUUCAUCAGUAUCCUUUCGAGGAAUUCAUAACAUCUUGGUUCUAUUCCUUGUAUAUAGUAUACAAUGACAAAUAGAUUGAACACACUAAACACAAGUUGAUAGGCAUUACCGGUUGAUUCGACAGCAUAGUUUAAUUAU